AUGUCGAAAAAUUCAAAGUUUCAGUCGGAUUUUGAAAUUGCAAAAAAUUUCAGAUCUGAGAAUUCUUCAGUUCCACCAAAUAUUUCUGCUACUGUUUUUAUUUCUGAUGUGAUGAUUGAUGAAAGUUUAAGUAUUGAAUAUUGGAAGGAAAACAUUCUUAUGACAAUGGGUAGUGUAGUUGGAAGACCAAUAAGGCUUGAUGAAACAACUUUGAAAAAGGAGGUUGGUUAUUAUGCAAGUACUUUGGUGGAAAUUGAUUUAAAUAAAGCCAUACCUAAUAAAGUUUGGAUUGAAACAAAGUGUGGGAAAUUUGAACAAGAAAUUAGAGUACCAAAAGUUCCUAAGUUCUGUAAUCACUGUCAAGUGAUUGGGAAUUAUGUUUCAGAAUGCAGAUAUUCUAAUCAAGAUUUUCCUUGUUUGUCUAUUGAGAAGUUAUUGGAAGUGGGUAAUAGUAUUCCUUCUAUACAGACAGCAACUCCAAUACUAGUUGAAGCAUCGGUUGAGAUGAGUACAACUCAAGUAUUAUCAAACAUCAGUGAGGCUAAGGAGGGUGAAUGGAGAGAUGUAUCUGGGGAAGCUCCUAAGGAAAGAAAGCUUAACAAUAGCAUAACAGAGUCAUCUGGAGGUAAGAAUCGUGUAUCUCCAAGCAAAUUUAAUGCUCUUAUUGAAGUAGUAGGAAAACAGGAACAAGUUUUUUCUAAAUCUGUCGGGAAGCCUCCAAAAGGAAAAUUACAAAAAGUUGCUCCUAAUGUUGUCACCAGAAAACAGGCACAUAAUUUAGUUAACAAUACUUCAGUAAUCUCAUCCACAAGACAAGCUAUCACAGUUCAAGUUGGAGAUGUUCUAGUUACAGGUAUUCAUGCUGCUUGUCUUGCAACUGAUAGAAGGGUUUUAUAUGAGGAGUUAUUACAUAUAAAUGCAAGAAAUUUGCCUUGGAUGAUUUUAGGAGAAUUUAAUGUUCAAUUUUCAUGGUGCAAUAACAGAUUAGGAAACAAAAGAAUUCUGUGUGAUUUGGAUAAAGCUUUUUACAAUUUAAAAUGGUUAGAAAAGUUUGAUACAUGGAGUUACAAGGUUGGAAUAAGAGUCACUUCAGAUCAUGGACCUUUAUUGGGUGGAGUUGUACUUAAUAACAAACCAAGUAAUAUUACAUUCGGAUAUCAAUCAGUUUGGACUACUCAUCCCAACUUUAUAAAGGUUAUACAAGAUUCUUGGAUGGAGAAUUGUGAAGGAAAUCCAACGUUUUGUUUUAUUAGCAAAUUGAAAAGACUAAAAAUCAUUCUUAAGAAAUGGAAUUGGGAGGUGUUUGGUGAUCUAUGGAUUAAAGUUAAAACUACAGAGGAGGAAGUUCUUGCUGCUUCAUUGGAGUCAGAUGCUGAUCCUGAGAAUGUUGAUAUGUUAAAUAAUUUAGUUACUGCAAGGGGGAGGCAGGAAUUGGCUUCUCAGCAAUAUAAUGAAUUAACGAGAAGUAAAUCAAGAUUGAAAUGGGUGAAGGAGUGGAGAAAAUACUUCUUUUUUCCAUGA